CUCUCUCUCGCGCUCUCCCUCUGGCUCUCUCACUCUCCGGGCACCGCGCCGCAAAACUCACAGCGCAAUUUCUCCACCACGACCGCCGUCGCUGAGCACCGCUCAUUCACAACCGGGGGGAGCAGAGGAGGGACGAGCGGCCGCAUUGGAUGAUAUCAGCUGCUCGGCGGCGAUGAGUGCAGCACUUUUGUGAGUCACAUUGUUUGCCUGGAGAUGGCAUCGAGUCGGGAUCACAGGCAUUGAAUCAAUUUCAGACGUGUACAAGACACGCGCAUGUACAGAGACAGAUAUCAUUACGCACAGAGACUUACACACAUGCCUACACAAACACACGCGUAAACAUACAGAGAGACACAGGAGCAUUUAAAGACGUCGACACACACACGUACACCAAUCGUUAAGUGGUGGAGACGUCACCAAGACGCGUGUGCCAGGCUAGGUGCACGUACACAUACAAACACAUCGACGCACCUACCUACACACGUGCAUGGACAUAUCGAUAAACACACAAAAGGCAAAGACGCACGCACACACAUAUCCAUAGACAUACACACAAAGGCGCACACACACACCUAGACACACACACACACACGCCGAGACACACACACACCUACACACACACACCUAGACACACACACACCUAGACAAAAACACACACACACCUAGACACACACACACCUAGACACACACACACCUAGACACACACACACGAAUUGUUCCACCACGCGCUUCUCACGAUGCUGAACAUCACCCGCGCUUGCGCGACCGGUGCCAGCGGCGAGGGACCGGGGCACCUGGGCAGCAGCAGCAACCAGAGCGGAGCGGGGGUUUACUUCGCGUCGGACGCCGUGAUCGCCGUGCAGGUCACCUUCCUGCUCGUCUUCUACUGCUGCUCCACGGCGCUCAACGUCCUCCUCCUCGCCGUGGUGCUGCGCGCCGAGGCGCUCCAGUGGCAGCCGCGGUACAUCCUCCUGUGCAACCUGUCCGCCUGCGACCUCAUGUUCACCACCACGCUCAUCCCGCAGGCCAUCCACAGCCUCUCGCGCCGACGCUACGUGUCGCCGGGCCUCAUGUGCCAGACGAGCAUCCUCGUGUCGUUCGGCACCCUCUUCUGCAUCCUGCUCAACCUCUCCUUCAUGGCGCUCGACCGCUACUUCUACAUCUGCCGGCCCAUGCACUACAUGGCCACGUUCACGUCGCGGCGCACCAAGGCGAUGGUGCUCGGCAUGUGGUCGCUCUCGCUCGCCGUGUCGCUCACCUACGUGUGGCUGCUGGGCCAGCACGGCUCGUACAGCGAGGUGCUGUCGGGCGGCGUGGUGUGCGAGCCCGACAUCCUGGAGAAGUACACGAGCUUCCCGCGCGCGCCCGUGCUCUUCAGGAAGUGCCUGGCGGGCGCGUGGCUCGCGUUCGCCAUGUGCGCCCUCGCCUUCAGCUACACGCGCAUCUACAGGCAGGCGCGCCUCGCCGUCGAGCCGUUCAACCAAACCAACGAGCGCGCGCGCACCACCGUGCUGCUGCACGGCGCGCAGCUCUCGCUCUACCUCGGGCCGCUGGUCAUCAAGUUCUCGCUCGACAUCCUCCUGGACCAGGGCGUCAUCCAGGCGGACUUCUUUACGCUGCUCGACGCCAUCAGCCUCAGCAUCAUGGUGACCAUCCCGCCGUGCGUCAACCCCGUGGUGUACGGCCUGCGCAACGAGGAGAUCUGGAGGGCGCUCAAGGCCGCGCUCUGCCGCAGGCAUCAGCCCGUGAUGACGGUGGCCGCGUGAGAAGGGCGGACGCGGGCGGACCACGGAGACCUUCUUCUCAUCGUAGGGGGGGGGGGGUGUCCUCUCGUCGCGGAGGUGGCUCCGUCUCGGAGACGCGCUCGCACCACGGAGAUCUGCUCGUCAUCGUGGAGGUGGGUCUCACGUGGAGGUUGCGUUGUGGACUCGCUUCUUGGAGGUGGCUCCCGUCUCGGGCACACGCUCCGCCAUCAUGCAAGAUCGGUCCACCUUGGAUCAGCACCCCGCCCGGGAGAGGUCUGUUAUUUUUUUAUUUAAAUCACGGAGGUUAUUUCACCAGGGAAGCCUCCCCCAUCGCUCAACUGUGGAGCAGCGCUCCACCAUGGAGUUUGAUGUUCCAUGGAGGCGCCUCCAGCCUGGGACCUCUGUUCAUCACCGCAUUUGGGUUCCCGGCGCCGUGGACGUCGCGAGGCGCGGGGAGACUGCGGUGGAGUUAGUGACACAGAGAGAGGCACAGAGAGCGAGAGACACCGAGAGCGAGAGACACCGAGAGCGAGAGGGACGAACUCGUAGCAAGCGCCAUCUCCGGGCGUGCGCGCGUUGAUUCGCGCGCCCAGGAACAUCGGAGUGGAAACUCGCUCGCGCCGAAUUGGACGGAACCGCGCAGGUUUGAUAACGGAGUUCGACUCUCACCUCGACUUCUCUGUUGCUUUGGCCGAGCGAACGUCAGCCGCAACACACACGGUUAUGGGGAGAGGUGACAUCGCGUGGGGCAUGUGCGCGUGUGUGUGUGCGCGCGUGUGGGGAGCGGUAUUAUCGUGAUUAGCGCGCUGCGCUACAACCCCCUGCCACACGAGUUCUAUUCCCGCUCACGGCCAACACCAGUGACGAUUAUCUGAACCCGUCAAUGGCCUCCCCUAGGUCAACUCAACCUAAAAUUAGUACCUGGUGCGAAGUGUAAGCAUCACCACUAGGGAGACAAAGGCGACCGGGGGAGGGGGGAGCUGCCCACCACCCCCUCGUCUACCGUGCCGGCCUUCGUAGGUUCUCGCUAACAGCACUUGCCCCAACAGUAUGUUAAGGCUACACGGGGGAUCUUUGUCUUUGUGCGUGAAUAUAUGUGUAGAGGUUCACGCAAAACACCCAGUGAUUCGAUGCAUUAACGCCAGUAAUUGAUUUCGUCAAAUUUGUGAAGCGAUUGAUAGCUGCUGUUUAACAAACUAUAGCUGAUGUUUAACAAACUAUAGUUUGUUAAACAUCAGCCGGUCGGCGGCGGUGGUGGCUGUGCACGUGCCCUGUAAUCCAACAGCCAGGAUUGGUGAAUCGCAAACAAAUGUACCAGGAGAAUGUGGUGCAGCAUAGUGCGGACUGAUAACAUUACAUUCCUUCUGCGCGUGAUAGUGUGUUGCGCCCUCGCGCGCGUGGGUUUUCAACGAGCGGCCGCUCCGGGUUUCUCCCACAUGCGUAAACGCUCAUCAAUUGGCUGAAAACAUCUUACUAUGAAGAGGACCGCGUAGCUUGGGCAAUUGUUGGCAGCGCCGGCUUCUCGCGAUGGUGAGAUGCAUUCUGCAUGAUGGACGACGCGAUUGAUAAGACUGCAUGUGAUCAGUAAUAUCACGAUCAUCAUCAUCAUCGUGGUGAAUGUAUUGGUUGUGUAAGAGAUUGUUACGCACGUGACUUGGUGCUUUCGUUCAUCGUGAGCGUAAAAGGAUCGAUGUUAUACUCCAAUGCGUCACGACUACAUCCACGUUUGGCUGACGAAGCGCGGGCACCAGCGAGGCGCACGUGCCGCGGACUCUUCGCACACCGCACGCGGGCGCGUGCGAUGCUCACCACGAAAUCACCCGGAAUGCACCCGGCCUCGCGGGAGCUGAGUAGGUUUGAGCCUGGUCAGUGCUGUACAGUACUUGGAUGGGAGAGUGACCAGGGGGGGUGGUAGGCGUGGGGCCGCUGCCAGGAGAGGGCAGUGUUGAGUGUCACCCACCCCCCAUCCACCCUCUCGUGUCCGGCGCCCUGCGAAGUUGUCCCUGGGUUCUCUGGUUUCCGUGUCCCACACGAAGCCAAAACCGGAUUGGUGGUAAUUGGCCAAAUCUCCCAACGUAUGUUGGCACUCCAAAAUAGUGUUGAGACUCAGGGAGGAUUUGCGGAGUAAAUCCAUUUUUUUUCGUAGAAGCGUUGGGAUAAAGACGAACCCAGCGACCUAAGUUUGAUUCCCAACCACGGCUACCAUAAAUGGCGAGUAAUAUCAGAACCGGUCCUGGGUCUUCCCUCGGUAGACUCAUAUUUACCUAAGUAGUUGGUGUAGUUGGUAAGCAUCAGCGCUGGUGAGACAAAGGCGGCCGGUCACAUAAACCUUUCACGCACCGUACCAGACUCAAUAAGUGUUCGAUUUUAUGGCUGUGGCCUGGCGGGAUAUCGGCCUUGGCAUAAUCUUCACGCGGGAUAAACAGGCACGGCAAAAUACGCGGAGUAUAUGACACCUGGAUUGCACUGGAUAUGAACUUGCAGCUCGAUUUAGCUCUGAGUGCGUGGGGCGUGGGACUCCAGCUACGCGAACUGGAUUCGUGUUCCGCGCUUUGCGAACCACCGAUUUCAACCUUUCCUUUCUGUUUUUAAAAUUAAACAAAUUAUUUGGUGACGCUGCUUCUGCAUUGGCAGUGGUGCAAAUGCACAAUUAACAAAAACAACUCAACUCAUUUGUCAAUAACACUGUGGCGUUAAAAGGAAAACUAUAUAAUAGGCGACGUUUCAGGCGAUGCCCCUUGUUCAUAGCACAUAGAGAGGCCAGAGAAAGACUAUCUCUCUAUUAUAAACCUUUCCUUUGAAGGCAGUGUCAUUGACGAAUGUAUUGAGUUAUGCUCUUAACUCUUCUAUUUUGUUGUGCACAUUGCAGGAACAAUCUCACGUAUUUAUUCACAACGACGAUGAUGUAGGUGCGUGAUACGAUGGGUUGGUUGGUUCAUGGAUGUGACUGUCAAAAUGUAAUUUUUUUCUUCAUAUCGGAGUGGUGAUAGUGAACGCGCGGCAUGCUGUGACCCGGUGGCCACUCUGUCGAGCACGAAGCAGCCACACUGGCAGGCGAUGGCCCCAAACCAAGUGGCGUAACGAGCGCCGGUGGCCAAUGCUACGAGUUGCCCCCCCCCCUCCUUGACAACCGCCAUGAGUUAUGUUUUCAACGACAGUGUAAGAGAACACAAACCUAUGU